CCUUGGGCGGAGGAGGAAGAUGGCGGCGCUCAUCCCUCCCGGCGGGCCGCAGCUUUCCACUGGGAGCCCUUCAUACGAGACCUAUUACAAGAAGGUGGAUCCAGCGUGCGUUGGGAGAAUUGGGGCCAGUGAUGCAGCUUUGUUUCUUAAAAAAUCAGGUCUUGCGGAUGCCGUUCUUGGAAAAAUAUGGGAUUUGGCAGAUCCUGAGGGUAAAGGAUUCCUAGACAAACAGGGUUUCUUCAUUGCGCUACGGCUCGUGGCCUGUGCACAGAGUGGCCAUGAUGUCAGCCUGACCAACCUACACCUGACUUUGCCACCUCCAAAAUUUCAUGACAGUCCAAGCCCCUUGCUGAUCUCUUCGUCAGACACUCACUGGGCUGUCAGAGUGGAAGAGAAGGCAAAAUUUGAUGGCAUUUUUGAAAGCCUUUUGCCAGUAAAUGGUUUACUUUCUGGAGACAAAGUGAAGCCAGUGUUGAUGAACUCUAAGCUACCUCUUGAUAUCCUUGGAAAGGUCUGGGAUCUCAGUGAUAUUGACAAAGAUGGUCAGCUUGACAAAGAUGAAUUUGCUGUGGCAAUGCACCUGGUGUACCGCGCUCUUGAGAAGGAGCCUGUCCCCUCUGUGUUACCCCCAUCUCUCAUCCCACCGUGCAAGCGAAAGAAGAUGCCUGCCUUCCCUGGGGCAGUCCCUGUUCUUCCUGCUAGUCCUCCCCCCAAAGACAGCCUGCGCUCCACCCCCUCCCAUGGCAGUGUAAGCAGCCUGAACAGCACGGGGAGCCUAUCACCCAAGCACAGCCUCAAGCAAGCUCAGGCCCCUGCAAACUGGGUGGUGCCAGUGACUGACAAGGUUCGCUAUGACGAGAUUUUCUUGAAAACAGACUUGGACCUGGAUGGGUUCGUGAGUGGCCAGGAAGUGAAGGACAUCUUCAUGCACUCUGGUCUUUCCCAGAGCCUCUUAGCGCACAUAUGGGCCUUGGCUGACACAAGGCAGAUGGGGAAGCUCAAUAAAGACCAGUUUGCGCUCGCCAUGUUCCUUAUUCAGCAGAAGGUCAGUAAAGGCAUCGACCCUCCACAAGUGUUGCUCCCAGAGAUGAUUCCUCCUUCCGAAAGGACAACUCCUGUACAGACUCUUUCAGGCUACUUGGCCUCUGUAGGACCCGAGAUCUCAACCUUCGCAGAAAUGCGUCGUGACAGCUCAAGCUCCGUCGGAUCCGGGGAAUUUACUGGCGUGAAAGAGCUGGAUGACAUUAGCCAGGAGAUUGCACAGCUGCAGAGAGAGAAAUAUUCUCUAGAGCAGGAUAUCCGAGAGAGAGAGGAAACAAUCCGGCAGAAGACAAAUGAAGUCCAGGAUUUGCAGAAUGACUUGGACCGAGAAGCAAGCAGCUUGCAAGAACUGGAAGCUCAGAAGCAGGAUGUGCAGGACCGCCUGGACGAGAUGGAACAGCAGAAGACCAAGCUGAAGGAUAUGCUGAACGACGUGAGGCAGAAGUGCCAGGAAGAGACGCAAGUGAUUUCAUCGUUAAAAAUGCAGAUUCAGUCCCAGGAAUCUGAUCUAAAAUCCCAGGAAGAUGACAUCAGUAGAGCAAAAAGUGAACUGAAUCGGCUCCAGCAAGAAGAGACUCAGCUAGAGCAGAGUAUCCAGGCUGGGAAGGUGCAGCUGGAAACAAUAAUAAAAUCUCUGAAAUCAACUCAGGAAGAAAUCAAUCAGGCAAGAAGCAAGCUUUCUCAGUUGCAAGAGAGUCAUCAGGAAGCCAGUAGAAGCAUCGAUCAGUAUAAUGAAACCCUGAAUGGCAUCCACAGUGGCAGCAUGACCAACUUGGCAGACCUGAACGAGGGAAACCCACAGAAAGACAGGGGCAGCUUUGGAACCUUGGAUGACCCAUUCAAGAACAAGGCCCUGGUGUUCAGCAGUAAUACCCAAGAACUGCACAGAGACCCCUUCCAGGCUGAAGACCCAUUCCGGUCAGACCCCUUUAAAGGAGCAGAUCCCUUCAAAGGCAAUGAUCCGUUCCAGAAUGACCCUUUUGCAGAGCCAUCGCCUGCAGCAGCUGAUCCAUUCGGAGGAGAUCCGUUUAAAGAAAGUGACCCAUUCCAGACUUCUGUGCCAGAGGAUUUCUUUAAGAAGCCUGAGAAAAGUGAUCCAUUUGUCUCUGACCCAUUCUCAAAAAAUCCUACAUUGCCCUCUAAUAAACCUCACGGCUUUGAAAACUGCGAUCCCUUUGUGUCGUCGAAUCUCUCUUUGAAAGGCCCAGAUCUUUUUGAGACGUUAGAUCCCUUUGGCAGCGGUGCUUUCAAUAGCAGUGAAGGAUUUGCGGAUUUUAGCCGAAUGUCAAAGCCACCAGCUCCAGAUCUGUUCAACUCCUCUGUUGGAGGGGGUGGCUUUUCAGAUGACCCCUUUAAGAGUAAGCCAGACACUCCUGCUCUACCACCAAAGAAGAACAUGCCUCUGAGGCCCAAGUUAUCAAGUGGUAAAAGUACUCCUGUAAGUCAACUUGGGUCUUCCGAUUUUGCCAAGCCCCCUGAUCCAUUCCAGCCGUUUGGGUUUGACAGCAGUGACCCGUUUCAAAGUAAAAAGGGGUUUGGGGACCUAUUUAGUGGAAAGGACCCGUUUGCUCCUUCCUCUUCAAGUAAACCUCCUAAAGACUCUUCCCUUGGGUUUGCUGACUUCAGCUCUCUUGGCAAUGAGGAGCAGCAGUUGGUGUGGGCUAAGCGCGAAAGUGAAAAGGCAGAGCAGGAGAGGCUGGCGCGAUUGCAAAGGCAAGAACAGGAAGACCUGGAGUUGGCCAUUGCUCUCAGUAAGGCUGACAUGCCGACCUCAUAAGGCAAGAGUUUGCCCGCCUGAGCUCCAGCAGGACCCUUUCUAGAUUUUUGGUGGCUGGUUGGUUUGUUUCCUAAUGUUACAAAGUAAGUCUGAUUACCUACUGGGACUGACUGGUUAGAGCCGCUGCUUUUGAUGGGCAUGACUUCAGCCCUCUGCCACACCCUCCCCUGGAAGUAAUCUGAUAAGAACUGUGUGAUAGGCUUUCUAGGCUAAUUUGAUCCUUUGUGAGCCAGAGAACUUGUGGUUCAAAGACUGGCAUCUGAGCCUCUUGAUGUGGACAGUCAGCUUGCCCCCUACUCAUGGAGCCUCCCUCGUCCUGUUGCCAUUUUUUUUUUGCCAAGACUGCAGCAUAAACACCAGAGGUAUGGAAACUACCACUCUUGGGUUAAAUGGACCAGCAGUGUUCAUAGUGACCACUUUAGCUGUCGUUCUUUUUGGAGUCCGUGAGUUUGAAAUACUGCCACUGAAACUUUCUGAGGUUCAGUCCUUUCCGAUGUCUUUAGGAAAGCAACCGCCUUGAACUUGGCCUGGUUCUCACUGGACUGACUGCUUUGGGAUGCAGGUGGGGGCUGACAUUCUCUAGAGUUCCAGUGUAGCCCAUGACCGUGCUCAAGAGACUGUGGCCAGGUUUCCAUGGCUAAAAUUGUGUGACUCUGCUGUCACAUCGUCAGAGAAGGAAUGCCCCUUUUUGCUCUUGUUAAUUGUAAAGCUGUCACCGAUUGGCUCAGAAAAUAAGUCAAUAUAGUAUGAUAAAAGGCAGGAGAUCUUGUAAACCAGUAAUGAUGCAUACUGAAACUGAGGAAACCAUGUACGUUGCCUCCAAGGGUGAGUGAGCGUUGCUUGAAAACUCCCACAAGACGACGCAGCACCAAGAGAAGCUGAACUCCAUCUCCCGGAAAGCCACCCGCGUCCACAUAUGGUGCCCUUGCACCUCUUCCCGAUGUGAAUGGCAGGUUUCACCACGCCAGUGCCACAUGCAGGCAGGCAUGAAAUGCUGCGUUCUGGGCUGUGAGUGAUCGUCCCUGGCAAACCUUUCCUUAGAUUUGGAGGAUCCUGCCAGCUCCACCUUCCUUUGGCUGUAGGCUCAGUAACACAGACUGGUUGGGUGAGGCCAGACUUCCUGACUGCCCUUGCUGUGAACUGCCUGUGUACCAGUUCCUCACUUACUGUGAUCCCAGGAUCCGGUAACCUGAGUGUCUUGACUUCUAGAUCCUGGAAUUCCAAUUCUGACUCUGAUCCUUGCAAGAUGGUUUUGAGAAUAGGGGGGGGGGCUGCUCUCCAAGGGCACAAGUGAAGCCCCCCCUGCUGUUUCUGCAAAAGCAUCCAGCGCAGGUUCUGCUGACCGUGCCUCCUCAAGAAACGCUGCUGGGAUUCAGCUACACGCCACCGAGCACUGCCCCUUGCAAGCCUCUGUGGAGUUCCUUGUUGUCUGUGCCUCGGAUCCAUGGUUGCAUGCCAUCUUGGUCAGCGUGUCCCCCCCCCCCCUGCUGCAGGGGAUGAAUGCAGUGUGGAGCAGAGGCCUCUUUUCCCAGUUGUGUCCUGUGCUGUCCUGUGCCUCUUUUUGUUCUGUUGUGUCCUCUCCUGUUUGUCUUGGUGCCUCUCUCUGGCUCCUGGGGGUGGGCGGGGCUUAGCACUGGGCCAGACCCUCUCUUUCCAGCAGGCUCCUCUGCUUCUUGGCACUCUCACAUGCUGCAAUGUCUUGUGUUUCCUUCUUGCAUGGCUGUGAAUUUUCCUUGAAUUACUGCCCUGCCUUUGUGAGAACUGCAGUUAGGCUCUUCUUCGUUUCCCAGACUUGUUGCCUUUGUCUCUGACUGUAAGGCUGAGCCACUUCCUCCAGGCUGGUCAGGCCUUUCUUUUACCUGCCUUCAGCAGAGAAACUGGUCCCACCUCACAGCCCUGGGAGUGAGAAGGCUGCCCUGUGUUCACCUGUCCGAUGAAUCCGUGCUGGUUUUCCAAGCAGCUUUUAAAGGAAUCCUGUGCUGACUUCUGGGGGACAUGGGUUUCAGCUCCUUGGUGAAAGCAUAAAAGCCUAGACUGUUCUGCGUUUGAGGCUGGGAGUUGGGGGGUGGAGGAGCAGGGCUGGCGAGCCAGGCCGUCGUUGAACAUAAAUGAGAGGGAUUUCAGCCUAGGAGCUACUGAGGAGAAUUUUUGGACAGAGUUCCUCCUGACAUUGCAGUAACAUGCCUAGCCUUCCCUUCAGAAGUGCUGAAAUUCUAUCCACAGAUCCUGUUCAGAGGCUGAACUGCAAAGCAAGUGGAAUACGUACAUGUCGUAGGGCUUUUUAAAUGUACGCACAUAAAAAUAAUUGUAUACUUCUCUCUGUUGCCUGUCGCUCCCUGGCACGUACGCCUACGUAUAUACAGAGCUGUUUCCUUCCUGUAAUAUUGUCAAUACCUGCCUCUUGCUGGCUUUAUGGAAUGCAAGGAUCUCUUGUACAUACAGUAAUGGUGAUGUAUAUAGUGGAUUUAUAGACCUGAAAAGAUUCCUGUGGAUAGAAAAUCCCAGUCCUGGUGCAGAAGGCAGGUGGGUGAGGUUCCCACAUCUUUUGACAAACGUUUCUCAGAUACAGACCGGGCUAUUGACAACGGGCUGUCUAGGCAGCAUUUCUCCCAGUCAUCUCUGAUGUUUCAAAAUGCCUGUUUCUGGUGGCUGAAAAUCUCUCUCUCUCUCUCUCGAUGGCUGCUGUGAUGCUCUUGUCCCUCUUUUGGUGUACCUAAUUUUUCAGUCCCCCUUUUAACAACAGGGGCUGCAUAUGAAAGAGAGGUUCUGUAUUUUACAUGCAACCAAAUUAUCUGAUGGAGCAGCACUUGGAGCAUUCCCAUAAACUCUUCCAGGAAGUGCAUGGCUGACAAACUGCAUGCUGGUCUUGCCUGCUGUGGCGACAAGACUUUCCAAAGUCCUUCCACCCUUGGCUUGACAUGGCCUCCUUCAGUCUGUACAGAUACCCUAUUAUCUUUCUAAGGUGACUUCUUUUGGUUACAAAACCUCCCUUGGCCUAGAGGACUGCCAAACCUGGUCUGAAUCCACAUUACCUCCGCGCG